AUGUCAGUCUUCCUCAUGACGGUCUGGAUUCCAGCGUCAAGCGUGCGCGCGACAGACGCGAUCCUGCCCACGCGCUGCACCAGACCUUGCAGCAGCAGCAGCAGCAGCAGUAGCAGCACCGCGCACCGCCUCCUGACAAACGGGGACACCCCUUCUUACGACGAAGCACGAGCCUACCAUCGUCCCAAGUCCAUGUCGCACCACUUCAACUGGCCAAUUCCCGACGAACUCAUAGAUUGGCCUGAAUCCGAUGUGCGCUGGCCGCCUCACAAACACCGACUUCACGCUGUCGACAGUCGCACUACAUUGGACGCCUACCAACCAACCCAUUCGCUUCGUCUUUGA